AUCGUCACACGUGUUGGUGUCAGAUGUCCUUGCGGAACAACUUCUCUCGUUAAACAAUCCCCACGCUCCUUUCCGCUUACUUCAGUCGCCGCCCUCUGCUUUUCGAUCGAAGGUUUGCAACCAUCGUCUCAGCUCCCAUGGCGUCGGGUGGAUCCUCUAGCCGAACCGCCUCACUCUCCAGGUCGUUCGAUUUUGGUGCUGAUGAUGUUUUCGGCUCCUAUGACUAUCGCGACGCCCGCGAUCCUUCAGUCGUCAAUCGAACAGAUCCUCGGGAAACAAGUGAUAAUGAAAUGGGCAGGUCAUUAUUUAGUAUCCAUGAACAAGAAGAUUAUUCUAAGGAGAGCAUGAUAUGUUGCGUCGAGAAAUGCGUGAAGAAAUAUGUUGAUGAAGUACUUCUUUUUCUUGAGGGUAUCAGUGGCCGUUUGGCACAACUGGAGAUACAUUGCUAUAAACUUGAACGGUCAGUCGGUGAAUUUCGAACUGAUUUCAUCCAGGACCGAAGUGAUAAUGAUUCGAAGUUCAAGUCUGUGGAGAAGCAUAUUCAAGAGAUCCAUAGGUCUGUCUAUAUUCUGAGAGACAAGCAAGAGCUUGCUGAAACUCAAAAGGAAUUGGCAAAGCUUCAAAUUUUGCAGAAUGAAACUAUGCAGAAGAGUGAAAAUGCUAUUGUCCAACCAGUGUUGGACCCAAAAUGUCAGGAUGAUAAAUCACAUACUGCAAACCUACACCUAGCUCUUGUUCCACCUCAGGCUCCUUCUCCCGCAGGAGCUUCUCAGCAAGUCCCACCAUAUAAAGAACUACUGAUGCUGCAUCAAGCACCUGCCACUCCUAGCAUCCACCAAGGGCAAAUUGUAGUUGAUGAGGCUGGCAAAUACUAUUAUGUGCAUCAAUCUUUGCCGCAGUAUAAAGAUGGGCUACCUGCACAACCUGAUCUACAGAAUGUUCUGCAUAGAUCCCAGUUGCAAGACGUCCCCAUUCAAGCAACACAAACACAGACUCUGAUAGUAAACCAGAAUCAAUCUCCACCAUCUUCUCAAUUCAAGCAGCUGUUACCCCCUCAAUCAGAUCAGCAAUUUCAGCAACUGGUAAUGCAACAUCAACCACCUGUUUCACAUGCUCAAGUCAAGCCUCAAGUUGUAUCAUCGUAUCUUACGUACACAACUCAGUCUGUAAAUCCUGUUCCCAAAACAUUUUGCAGUACCAUGCCCGCACAAGUUGCUAAUUCAGGAGGCCUGCAACCUGUUGUGAUAUGCUCUGAAGUUGCUCCGUUUAGUUAUGGAUCUACUGACACCUCUGUAUCUCAGCCACCCACAAAUCAUCAUGCAACAAAAUCUAAACAGCAUUCAAUUUGCCGGAGCUCUUUGGAGCCAGAUCUUAGCAAGGGUUCUUACAUGAGCAGUACUGGUGCAAUGUAUUCACCAAUCCAGUACAAUUUACAAGCUUACAACCCUGCUUACAACUAUUCUCUGAGCAACCUUCAGCCGUCUGCUGGGAAUCAGCAACGGCCUUCUAGUGCAGAUCUACACCGUGACCCUCAGCUGAUGCAGAAUCACCCGUAUGGGGAGAUUCUUGAGAAAGCUGUUGCAAUGGGUUAUGAUAGAAAUAUGGCAUUAAGCAAUGUCCAGUGGAUGGUUGAGAAUGGCCAAGCCGUUGAUUUUAAUUCUUUAAUUAACAGAUUGAAUCGACAAGUUGCAGGAGCAUCUGCACGAGCUUGGUGAGGCUAUAACUCAUUCUGGUAUUUAGAUUGAUAAUUACCCUUUUAGAGCAGAUGGUAGUGGUUAAUGGGUUUCUGGCAUGGAUUCUACCUGCAUCAAAAUGGCCUUGCAAAUUUUAGUGCGGGGCCACAAUUCUAACAGUUGUAUGAUUGACAAAGAACCUGUUUGAACUGAUUUGCAUCCAUAUGUCUGUUAUCUUUUGUUCAAAAUGAUAUAUUUCAAUGUAGAAAGUUACCAUAACUACGAUUCUCCAUUUCAGUAGCGUUUUCAAAAUCA